AUGGCUUCAGGAAACCAAUUGAAAGAUGAGAUAGAAAGUCUCAUCGCUCGAGGCCAUUUUAAACAGUGCGUGAAAAGACAGGGCCAGGGAUACAACCAGCCCAGUAUACCCAAUAACCCAAACAGCCAGGGGUUACAACCUAUUCCUGUGGAAGGAGAGGACAUCCUUGUUAUUUCGGGAGGGCCACAUAUUGCAGGGGAAAGCAAUAACGCCCAGAAAAGAUAUGUGAAAGAGAUAAAGAACGAGCAGUCGGCCUUUGCCCCAGAACCUUCGAAGAAGUUGAAAACCGAGGAACCUCCCAUUGUAUUCACGGAAGAAGAUGAGAAAAACGUGAGGUAUCCUCAUGUUGAUCCAUUGGUGAUUACCAUUCAACUCGCCAAUAAAAGGAUCAAGAGGCUAUUAAUAGACAAUGGGAGCUCAGUAAAUAUUCUUUAUAAGGAGACUCUACAGAAAAUGGGGCUUGAAAGGGCCAAAUUAAGGCAUUGUAUGGUGAACCUUUGCAGAUUCACCGGAGACAGCAUCGCUAGCCUUGGCAUAAUCGAGCUCGUAUUAACCUUAGGCGAGGCACCUUUAUCUGCUACUGUUAUGCAAGACUUCUUAGUUAUUGACCUGCCCUCGGCUUACAACAUAUUGUUGGGUCGUCCAGCACUGAUCGGACUAGGGGCAAUCAGUUCGAUCAAGCACCUAUCUUUGAAAUUCCAAACACUAGAUGGCGUGGGAGUGGUGCGGGGCGACCAGAUACUGGCUCGCGAUCGCUAUCGCAUUGAGCUGCAGCAUAGGAAGCUGGUCAUCAGUUUAUGA